AUGCUGCAGCUGUCCACAGCUCCGGAAGAUCAAGCAACAUAUUCUUCGAGACUCCAAAGGCGAUUGAACAAAUUUCGAGGUCUACCUAGUACUCUCAACGUUGGCAUCAUUGGCAGCAUGAUUCGAAGAGUGAAACAAGAAACCGAAGCAAAGCUGAAGAUCACCCUGGACCAAGCACACAUAGUCGUCACUCAUCCCCUCUUACCUGGUCUAUCACACGAAGACAUCGGCGACGCAAUCGAAUUCGCAGGCCUAAAGUCCUGGCUCCACAAACCCAACAUUGACUCCAUUCAGCCAAAAGUACUAAUAGAAAGCCGAGCGACCUUUGGCGCAAAUGGCUACAACCUCUGCUCAGGCUACACGAACGUGCACAUUUGUCAAGAAGAGAACUUGGAAGACAUGACCUGGGAAACGGUAUACUUCGUCUCGCUAUCGCGUACUGUACUCUACACCACCAUCGUCGGUUUGAACGCUCCGUUCACCACGCCAUGGUCGCGUGAACACUCUGCUGUGCAUCCUGAAGUCGGGACAGAUAUGAUGGGAAACUAUUCUUCCGAAGCAGAUUACUGGGAUGCACUACAACAAAAACUCGUGCCUGAAGAGCGAGAUACCGGGUACCCGAUUUCUCUGGUCUUACUAGCUGGCGACUCCAUCGAAAUACCAGAAGCCCGUGAAGCUCUCAUGAAGGCUUUGGGAGACCGUCUGGGGCCACCGUAUACAGCAAGGACAUCGAAGUUGAGGGCUUCGCUUGUGGCGUAUGCUCCGCCAGUGUAUGCGGCUGCGAGAGGAGCGGCGUUGUAUGCUCGUUGGAGGCAGGAAGUUCCGUAUGGGUGUGCUGAGGGCUUGGGAUGUGAGUGGCAGAGAGAAGCNGGGGGGGAUUCUUGGAAAAAUAGUGUGGUUUUUAGUCAAUACGA